CAAAUUCCGAACGUACUCCAAAUGACAGUUACAUAACCUCAAAAAAUAAUGUAUUAAUUUAUUUUUGUUCUUAAUUAACAAAAACAGUUACAAAUGUGAUGACUCAGACGGUACGCUUCGCGUUUUGUUGUUUACUUUUUUCCUUAUUUGUGCUCUUAAUUCGGCUUAAUAACCUUAUCACGGAAGUGCCCGCAAAUAAACUUAUCACUUAAUCGCUUCCAAAUUACUGAUAGCGCACACAAUGCACUUUAUCAAUCCCAGUUUGUGCCGCGUUUCGUAGCCCCCAUGUCGGAACACAUCGAGAUGUCUUUCCGGGGCCCCCGGGUGUUGUCCGCCCACCGGAGACACAACUUCGGUGUUUACGCGGGCCCCCAGACCAAUUUCGAAGGCCAUGCGAAUAAAAUCGUCGCCAAAUUGGAGGAAGACGGGGCCUUGAUGGAGGACACCCCUGUCUCUGAACAACUGCGAAAGGAGGCCUUGAGGGACCUGCCCCAGUGCUUGACCAUGAAGCGGUGCGUCAAAGAGAAAUUGACCAAGUCUGUGAGUCUCAAAUCUAAACGAAGGCCAAUAGGGUUUUGGAAACGGUUCAAAUACAAGUCCAGUAUUAGAUUCAAAAAAUUCGUUGCCAAUGUGAAGAAUUUCAAUUAUUUCGAAUUGUGGCACGGCAGUUUGAAAGACAUUGAGGGGCGGUUUGGGUCCGGUUAUGCGUCCUAUUUCAAGUUUUUGCGUUGGCUGUUUGUAAUGAAUUUUUUCGUAGCCUUGUUUUCGUUUCCGUUGUUGGUAGUCCCUCAAAUUAUUUACGACGCUACUGAAAAUAAUAACUCAAAUAUUCGGCAAUUCCAAGCUUCGGAUAUUUUUAUCGGGAAUGGUUUUUUUGACGACACGGUACUUUAUUACGGACACUACACCAAUCAUACAAUCCAGUUAAUUUCGUUUUUAUUGUUUGACGUGCCUGUAGCCUAUUUCACACUUAUUGUAGUGCUUUAUUUGAUUUCUUUUGUUAUUUUGGCCGUAAGUGUUGCCCAAUCGUACCGUCGCACAUUUAUCGAGACUAAAGGUGGUCUUCAAAAUGUUUUCGCAAACCGAAUUUUCUGCGGAUGGGAUUAUAGUAUUGCGACCAAAGAAGCCGCUCAUUUAAAAUCCUUGGCAAUUUUUAACGAAUUAAAAGAAUUAUUAAAUGAAGAACGUCGAUAUGAUGAGGAUAGGACUUGUAUUUACAAAUUCUGGACUUGUAGUACACAAAUUGUUGCAAAUAUUUUGAUUCUGGUUAUUAUUUUUGGUGUGGGUUGGCUAACCUGGGUGCUACUCGACAAUUACGGACAAGAAGACAAUGCCAAAGUCCUAAUUACAACAAUUGUAAUCAAUGUAAUUCUUAUGGUCUUACCUUCAGUCUUCCACUAUGUCGCAACAUACGAGGAUUAUGCAAAUCCACGAACGGCACUGUAUAUCACACUGAUCCGGACGUAUUUGCUAGGUUCCGUCAUUAUCGGCACUGUUUUGUCAUUCUGGUUGAUUAAUUCCGGCAACACUGACUGCUGGGAAAACCAUCUUGGGGCCGAAAUUUAUCGUUUUGUUCUCUUUGAUUUCAUUUUUUCAGUUGUUUUGACCACAGUUAUCGAUUCUGCAUAUUUUGGAACCCUUUUCUUUUUGGGUCGUGACCCUAAGACAGAGUUCAACGUUGCCAAACAUACUCUUCAGAUUAUCUUCAAUCAGGCGCUAUUCUGGGUUGGGUUUUUGUAUUCGCCCAUUUUGCCGGUCAUAGUGGCCCUAAAAAUGUUCAUAAUUUGGUAUGUGAGGGAAGGGUGCGUUCGCAAAUUCUGUAAACCCCCGGCUCGGAUUUGGCGCGCUGCGCAGACGCAGACGUGGUUUAUGAUGAUGGUGUUUGUUGGUAUUUUGUUGGUGAUUGCCGCCCAUGGGUACACCCUUAAAAGUGUUCCACCGUCGAGUUGUGGUCCCUUCAAUGGCUAUAACUAUACCUAUGAAAUUGUGACUAACAAUAUUGAGUAUUUGGAAGAGGAGGCUGCGGUUUGGAAAGUCCUGUUUAAUGUUACUAAACCGGGAGGGGUGGCCUUGUUUAUGGUUGCUUUGGGGAUUUGGGUUUAUUACGUCAAGGAGCAGGCCCUAGCUCAAAGAGAGAAGGUUAAAACUAUGAGGGAAAUGCUCAUAUGGAUGGCCAAAGAUAAGAAGUUUUUGGUGCAGUGGUAUAAUGAUGUAACUAAAGGAGAAAUUGGUACGAAUUUGCGUGAUGAUAGGUUUAUGGAUCCUCGCAAAGUGCUACCUCAUGAGUGUGAUGAUGAUAUUAGUAUAGUCAGUGACGCUGAACUUAACAAUAGAUUCAAAUCAUUUUCUUAAACUUAUACCAAAAUAUUGUUUUAUGUUUAAUAGUGUGAUAUUUUAAAUGAAAACUAUUAAUUGUUACGUUUUUUUUAAUUUAUUUACCCUGAACAGAUUUUUUUGUUAAUGCAAAACCGUUGAACGUGUGAGCUCCCAAGUACCCAAUUUUGCGGCACAUUUGAAUCCAGGGAACAGUAAGGUAGAGAGCACUGGAGGAUACAGGGGAACGCGAAAAAAGCAACGCAGAAUCGAACGAGUAAUCGGAAGAGGAGCCUUUUGGAAGGUGGCAUAUGUUAUUCUAGAGACUAAUGUAACGCCUGUUUGUCACAGGAGGUUUAGAGAAAGCGAAGAUGCCACAGAAUUGUUAUUUUUCCGAAAUUAUUUUUGUAUAUACCUAGUUAUUUAUUUCAUUACAGUUUUUUGUUUAAUAAAGUGUUUAAAUUG